AUGGUUUCACAGCUAUUCGAGGAGAAGGCCGCCGCCAUCAACAAGGUCACGACUGCGCCCACGCAGGACGAAAUGCUGCAGCUCUACGGGCUGUACAAGCAGGCCACCGUCGGCGACAACACCAAGGAGAAGCCCGGGAUCUUCAACAUGAAGGACCGCUACAAGUGGGACGCGUGGGAGAAGCUCAAGGGCAAGUCGCCGGCCGAGGCCGAGCAGGAGUACAUCGCGCUCGUGGACGCGCUGCUAGCCAAAUACGCCUAA